AAAUGGCGGAUCUAUCUUUAUUCCCCUUUUUUUAAAAGAAUUUUACACUCCUCAGUACCUUUUAAGAGUUUGGUGAGAAAGUUGUUUUUGUGAGAAUAGUUGUUGGAGGAAGUCACAUUUGUUUACGUUUUUCAUUACCAGCAUGUACCGCUAGAUGUCGCCACAGAUGAGUCCCUUUGAUAACACACUCAGUGUAUAAACAAGAACGGCACUUUAGUGAUGAGGGAAAGGAUUUAUUGGAUUUAUUACGUCGAUUACAAGGUCUUAGUCAUUUGUAAGAUGCAGAUCACAGAUUGAUGAGGGGAAGUCUGAUAAAGGACCUUUCAGAAGUGUGUUUUUCUCGUCGUGUAGUUUGAUCCUGGCUCGUUUCACCAUAUGUGACUGAAUAUUAUAUAAAAAAUCAGACUAAUGUUAAUCAGAUAAAUACAGUAUGCCUGAAUUUAGCUAAUAUGAUUUAUUCUGACAUUUUAUAUCAUUUUAGUUUUAUUUUAUUUUGAUGCUUUGGUCUAUACUUUGUAUUGUUACAUUACAUUUUAUUUUACAUCCAUCAUCAUAAUGCACACUUCAGUUCCACCUUCUCCCAUGAGACCAGCCGUGGCCCCAUCAGUACAGCUGGGUGUCACGGUUCUUUACACUUGUCUUUAUGGGGGUCUUUUUUUAGUCGUAUACAUUCAGCUUUGGUUGCUGUUACUCUACCGGCAUAAGCGAUGGAGCUACCAGAGUAUUUUUCUUUUUCUUUGCCUGUUCUGGGCAGCACUUCGCACGACACUCUUUUCGUUUUAUUUCCGUGAUGCCCUUGUGGCAAACCACCUGCCCACUCCAGUCUACUGGCUCCUUUAUUGCUUCCCGGUGUGCUUGCAGUUUUUUACUCUGAGUCUCUUUAACCUUUACUUUACUCAGGAGUUGUUCAGAGUUAGAAGUGUAUUCAACAUUGAGCCCAGCAAAGGACUACGGGCGGCUCGGUGUGUGUAUGCUGCCAUGAGUGCCAUCUUCCUGUGUGUCAACAUAGUUUGCGCAAGCCUCGGAAAGCAUAGAGGUUCUGGUGGAGCUGGUGAAAAUACUUGGAGGCUGGUUUUGGUUCGAGUGCUGGUUAAUGACCUUCUGUUUAUUCUGGAAGCUGUGUGUCUGGCCACAUCUCUGCUCCUGUUAACGCGAUUCUCGGCCACCGCCACACCUUAUCUACGCAGUAAGGGGCUUUGCCGGACUGCGGUGCUGGGGGCAGGUGUAAUCAUGCUCUUCUCUAGCAGGGCUUGCUAUAAUCUUGCAAUGCUGUUUUUGUCUCAGAAUCAUAAAGUUGAGGCGUUUGAUUAUGACUGGUACAACAUUUCUGAUCAGGCUGACCUUCAGAGUGAACUUGGAGACAGAGGCUACAUUAUCUUUGGAGCAGUUCUUUUCAUUUGGGAGCUGCUACCUACCGGCCUGCUCAUUCUCAUCUUCAGAGUUCGCCAGCCUAAACAAGAAAAGAACUGCAGCCCGGCCAUGUGCAACACACAAGGCUCACGGUCAUACUUCUUCGAUGAUCCUCGUGGAAUGGAUGAUGACACGGCUUCUCUCUGGAGCCACAGUAUCAAUCCUCACAGCAGCUGGUUUGGGUCCAGUGAGACGACUCCACUCCUCUUCAACAGGGGCGACCAGAUCAACCAGCACCACUCCCUUUACUCCACUCCACAGACAUGACCACUAUGCACAGCUGCAGAGAUCUUCCUCUGACCUUCUCAGGCAAUAGUACAGCAUUACCUCUUCCUGUUGAGUAGCUCAAUAGGUUUGUUUGCACUAAUAUGCAUCAGAAGCAUCUAUACUUCUGAAAUUGCACCUUGACUUGUUAAAGCUGAGCACAAUUAGACUAGAUGCUCAUUAUAAAAGGGACCAGAUAAUGAUUUUACUACAAGAAUUAAAGGACUUAUUACCACAUUUAUCUUUUUAUCAUUCAUGAGAGCAUCUUUGAAAUGUAUUAACAGAUGUUAUUUUUUUGUGUGUGGGAUGGUGACCUUCCUUCUAUUUCAAAUUAUGCAUACGGAAGGAAUAACUUUGGUAAUGAUCCUGUGCUGUGAUAUUUUCCAAUUUACUUUAAUAAAGAGCUAAUUUAAACAA